GAAUGUUUUUCUGCUUUGAAGAGAAUCAUAAAAUUUUUACUAGGAAAGAUUUCUGAAGCGGUGAUCGUUGCAGCAGCAGUACUUGUCUGCAACACACAAAGAUGACAACUUGCUGCGGCCAAAGGACAGAGAACAAGCCAAUAACACCUGCCACUGUCAAGCAGAAUCACACAUGGAGUGGCAUGAAAACGGAAGAACACGAUGGUUGGAAUGCUCUCGAGUGCCUCAGAGGGAGAUUACUAGCAGAGAGACAGGCUUCAAAGGUUGCCAAAGAACAAGCAGAAUCAUUGUGCAACAAGCAGUUUAAUGAGCUGGAAAAGAAGCUUAAAGAAGAGAUUAAACUAAGAGACAAAGCAGAAAGAAAGCUUAAGCUUUUAAAGAAGAAGCUUGAAUGUUUCAAUGUGUCCACCGCCUCAUUGCAAAAAUGUCAUUCGGGUGAGAAAUGUGAACUCUUCUACGGAUCAUCUUUAUGUAGUGAAGCUUUGUUAGAAAAUGAAGUCCGCAACCACAAUGUUGCACUAGAACAUGCACUCGUUCAUACCCACAAUAGUUCAUUCACCACCAAAGAUGGUGAUUCUCUGUUAACUGAUACUUCUAGUUGUAAUUCAGACCUCGGUAACUUUCUCCCUCAAAUUCCAGGCAAGACGCCAAAUCAGAGUUCAGAUAAUUUGAAGAAUGGCGAAAAUAGGCUUUCACUAUGAAGCUCAAAAUCAUUGGGGAAAGGUUAUAAUCCUCAGGGUAGCUAUGGCUAUUAUGGCUCAAAUCCAAGCCCUGCUCAAGCUUCUCACCUGAAAUGAUUAGUCAGAAUCCAAAUCCUAGAUUAUAGUAGCAGGUAUUACAUUAGAAAAUGUGGAGACAUUAUAUUAGACGAGUAGUUUUUGUCCUUCGAUUUAAUUUGCUUGUGUUGACUAAUUACCAAUUUUCAACUUAAGAUGUGUUUCGGCCUUUCUGGGUUUCUAGUUUGAGCUCAAAACCACCAUGGCACUGCCAUUAGUUGCUGUGACUUUUCCAGCAACUUUGACAUAAAACCAAUCAAUUAAGAGUGUUUGAAGUCAUAAAUGCAUAAAGAACAAGUCCAACGAUAAAAAUUGGCCCACAUUAUAACUGCAUAUUGAGAUAUUAACAAAAAGUGUGAAAUUUGUAAUAGUGAAUGGUGUGAUAACUUGAUUGGUGUGAGGCAGUAG